GAGAGCUGUGAUUGGUCACAGCUUGUCACAUGGUACAAGGCUCUUGUGAAUGGCCUUGUACCAUGUGACCUCUGUGAUCAUUCACUAGUAGUAAGCAAUGAUGUCAGGAAGGGACAUCUUGUUUACUACUAUUCAUGUGAUCACUGAUUGGCCAGUUGGGACCUCGGACAGAGGUCCUAUACAGCUAUCUGUGUUCCGCUGUGUCCGGAGGGCACAGCAGGCACCAAUCGCGGUGCCACGCACUCCCAGGCAGGUGGCACUGCAGGGUCGGGUGGCCGUUUAU